AUGGUGGCUUGUGAAAGACAGCUUCUGGGCCUGGUCUUGGCCAUCAUCGGCUUUGUGGGGAGCGUCAUUAUCUGUGCUCUUCCCACAUGGAAAGUCACAAUAGGCUUCGAUGAUACCAGAGUGUACUUCAACAUUGUGGAGGGUUUGUGGAAGAAAUGUGGAUUCGCAGCAAACCCAGUCAUUACUUCGUGUAUGGAUUACGAGCACAUACAUAAAGAGCUGAGGGAUGCCAGAGCACUUAUCAUCAUUGCCAUUAUCAUUGAGCUCCUUGGGAUCCUGCUUGGUGCGGCUGGGAGAAGGUUUAUCAUCUUUGUGCGAGAUGAAAGGCAAAGGAGCAAAAUGGCUCUGACUGCAGGAAUUGCCUUCCUCAUUGCUGGCCUCCUUGUUGUCAUACCAGUCAGCUGGACCACCGACACCUUCACAAGUAAUUUUCUUCCUACCUACUCUCCUAAUGAUGCCAGUAAUAGGAUGCUUGUGAAGACUAACUGGGGAGCCUCGCUCUACAUUGGCUGGUUCACCGCCGUCCUUCUGUUCCUGGGAGGAGGCCUCGUCUGCAGCUCCUUUUUCUCCAGGGAUGAAACUGACUAA